AUGGCGUCUCACCAGCAGACCAGGAUCCAAGCCUACCUGGAGAAGAAUAAGAUCGGUCCCCUCUUCGAGGAGUUGAUGACCAAGCUGAUAACAGAGACACCUGACCAGCCAAUCCCAUUUCUAAUUGAUCAUCUUCAGUCCAAACAGGGGAACUGCAGUCAGCUUCAGAGAACGUUGUCUGGCUCUGCUGCCCUUUGGGCAGAGAGUGAAACAUCAGAAAAUAAAGGAACAAGGAGAGAUUUUAGAAGUUAUGAUAAACCUUGGCAGGUAAAUGCAAAAAAGCCUAAAAAGUCAAAGAGCGACCUUGCCGUGUCCAACAUUUCUCCACCGUCACCGGAGUCCAAGUCAUUGCCAAGGUCAAUAGAGCAUCCUAAAUGGGAUUGGAGGACAAAACCGGAGAACCAUGAUUUUGAUGAACUAAAUCAUAUUCUUCAAGAAAGCAAAAAACUUGGAAAAGCCCUUGAGAAUCUGUCUCGCAGCAUUGCUAUUUCUGAUGAACUUGAUAAGGACACAACAGGUUUUAACACCCCCCUUCUUAGACCUCGUGUGAUUGGAGAAUGGAUUGGUCGUGAAGAGAAUGAUGCUGACCCACUGGCUGCUGAGAUGUUGCAGCCACCAAUACCAAGAAAUAAAAAUGAGCAGUGGGACAGCGAGGAUAGCAGCAGUCCUGGAGGAAGCUUAAAAAUGGAGCCAAAGACCAAAGGACUAAAACAACAACAGCAGCAACAUAAGAAACUGCUGGCUGCCAUGCUUUCUCAGGACUCGUUUGAUUCUGCUCAAAGCACAGCUCCAUCUGUAACUGAAGAAGACAUUGACAAUGAAGACGAUGCAAUGGAACUGCUGGAGGAUCUUGAUGAUCUAAGAAUGGAAGGAGUAACAAGCGUGAUGUCUUCUGGGAGCAAAUUCAAUCAAACUCGAAGUGCUCAUACGGCUGAGCCUCAAGCAAAGGUCACAUUGAAUAUCUGUGCAAGAUGUGCCAGAUUGCAAGGAGAUAAUUUGGCAGAAAGGCCAGAAGAUGUCUCCAUGGUAUCUCAAACGUCUGAGCCAGCAGUGUCAGACUCUGAUGCUCAAGUACCCGGGGCUGAAACACUUACGGAAGAUAUUGAUGAAUUUCAGAGUGCCUCUCAAGUGACAGGAUCUUCUCAGACAGUUUGGACCCUGGAUGCCGUGGGUGUCAGACCUGGAGGUUCCCCAAGGCAGAAACUCUUAAAGGACUCCUUAGCAGCAAAAGAACUUCAGACCAUGGAAAAACACCUAGCUGAUAUUGAGAAGGACCUAGCACUAUGGGAAGAAGCAAGACUCUCAAGAAGCCCUAGUAUCCAGCAUCAUAGUUUAGUUACAUCUGACCAUCAAGGCAAUCUUCAAGCUACACAGGGCCAAAAUCCGAGGCCUCAGGUGCCAACUCAAAUAGGGAAAAACAUUCAGCUCCAAGGAAACAAAUCACCACCGCUGCCCACUAACAGCAGAAUACAGGUCUCCAGUGUUGCAACCAGUAGGCCUCCAACGCCUGGUACACAAACCAACAGGCCACCAACUCCAUCGACUCCGGGGAGCAGACCUGUGACCCCGAAUAGCUUGCUGUCACGGCCUCUUACCCCUAGCAACCAAGGAAAUAGGGAAGGCAUCAUUAGUAUGCAAAGAAGCAGAUCUUUGACAUCUAAGAGCCAAAUGGGGAGGACCCUCAGCGCUGCUUCAGGGCUCUCUGUGCAAAUGAGUGGAGACAUUGUUGGAACUGUCACUACUCAGAGAAGCAGUUUAUCAGAAGAUGAAUUCUUACAACAGCUUCAGCUUGCUCAUCAACCUUGGAUAUUGCCGAGUGACACAGAAAGUGAAGGAGUGGAAGCUGACCAAGACAAAUGUAAGUAUAUUUGUUAG